AAGAGAUGUGACAGUUCAUUCACAUUUGUGGACGUGGUUGAUUCUAUCAGCCUGAGUUCCUUCCCUUUCCGAGCACCAGUACACAUAUGUGACUGUUUCAAAGUGAGGUUUACCACCCGUGUUUACAGGGCGCCAUGUCACGGCCGCGGCUUUUAUUUGUAAAUAUUGUGGCUCCUCGGCGAGCAGGAGGCACAUUACUACUACUAGUCGUAGUACUAUAACAACUCCCACUGCUUGCACAUAAUGGAGCCUUUCUCGCUCCCCUCUCUCUCUUCCGUGGGGGGCUCGAUAAGUGACGAGCAACCCAAGACGGUGCACUGUUCUCUCCCAAUGGCAGCUUUAAGUGAAAAGGCGUGCCUGCAACCCCCCCACCCUUCCACCGCCCCCCACCCCCUCUCAAAGUACCCGAUGUAUAGUUAAAAAAUGGGAGGGCACAUUUGAAGCGAGCUGCUUCUAUGAAGGUAGGCUGCAGCGUGUGUUUAUUGAUGAGAUGAAAAGAAGAUGGAAGUGAGAAAUGAAACAAAGUGAAAGGGACACGUUAGACAUCUUCUAGCUCAGACGUCGUCGUGGGGGGAGAUCCAUGCCACUUUUUCUAAGGGUCAGCGAGCUUCGAAGUGGAGGUAAGACAUGGAUUUUUUUUGUAAGUAACUAGGGGUUGGAUGGAUAUAUGCAUUAGGGAUUUUCCUGUAUGUGUGACGGGCUCCUUGUGGAGUUUUUUUUCGGCGAGGGGAGAGCUGGCUACUUGCGUGUACUCUUUUUUUUUUUUUUUUUUUUUGGUCGUAUCGCGAAGAAAAUUGUGAUAAUUCAAUAAACGUCGGACAGCAAAGCCAAAACGUCCUCCGUGCGAGGAGUGGGCUCAGUCCACGCUACUGCCGGUCUUCGAUGUCCAUUUAUAUUCGCGGAUUCAAAAAAAAAAAGAAAAAAAAAAGAAAGCUGGACAUGACGCAAGUUUCCCCCAUCUGUCACUAUUCUCAACGUGCCCACCUACCUAACAUAACCCAGCCUAAGAGCAACACAUGAUUUGGGAAGAGAGGACUGACAGCCUUGCCUAGCGCCCGGCCUCUGUUCAGCCAUCUCCACCAGCAAACUGAAGCUUGACCUGCACUUCUUCACCAGCCGCACGUCAUCUAACUGUCACAUCAGUUGCAAGGGGAUGACCGAGCGCAUUCAUAACAUCAAUCUCCACAACUUCAGCAAUUCUGUACUUGAGACCCUCAAUGAGCAGCGCAACCGUGGGCACUUCUGUGAUGUGACUGUUCGGAUCCAUGGAAGUAUGCUGCGAGCUCACCGCUGCGUGCUGGCCGCUGGAAGCCCCUUCUUUCAGGACAAGCUGCUUUUGGGCUACAGCGACAUCGAGAUCCCCUCUGUGGUCUCGGUGCAAUCCAUCCAAAAGUUGAUUGACUUUAUGUACAGCGGGAUUCUUCGAGUGUCUCAGUCGGAGGCCCUGCAGAUCCUAACCGCCGCCAGCAUCUUGCAGAUCAAGACCGUCAUCGAUGAGUGCACUCGCAUCGUGUCCCAGAAUGUGGGCCUGGCGGGCCCGGGGGCCUUCCCCGUCAUACCGGGAGAUUCCGGUCAGGACACCCCCCGCGGCACGCCCGAGUCGGCCACAUCCGGGCCGAGCAGCGACGCCGAGUCGGGCUGUAUGCAAACGUCGUCCCAGCAGAACAUGGAUCGCGCCUACACGUCGCUCUACACUUACUCGGGCCUCUCCAACGGCACCCGUGAGCGCUCCCUUUACAUCAACCCCAUGGCGACCAACUACGACCCGAGUGCCGGCGCUCAGAAAGACCAGCAGUCGCAGGAUCCCCCCUGGAUGAACCGCAUCCAGGAUCGAUCCCAGCAGGUGGACCGCUUCAUCUCCACGGCCGAGUCGACGCACUGUCGCAAGCAGUCCCGACCGGUACGCCUACAAACAGGCGGGAUGCACAUCAAGCAGGAGGCCGAAGACGAGUACGGCUGCUUUGACAACGCGGGGGACUGCCAGGUGGAGAACGACCACACCGAGGGCGCGGUGAGCGAGUCCAAGGUGGAAAGUUUCGACUCGGGUGUCAGCUCCUCCAUCAGUACUGAGCCAGACGCCAUGGAGCAGCAGCCCUACCCGAGCUUUAACCGGGGAGGGGCCGGCGGCGGCGAAGGCCAGCACGGGGAAGGCGGCCCGGUGCAGAUCGAGGUCAAUGACUCGUCCCCGGAGCAAGCGCAGGAGCCCGAUGAGGGCGACCAGAGCCACAGCACUAGUGACAGUUCCUUGAUGCACCCCCUGCCCAACGCCAUCAUGUCCCAAUCCCUGGCCACACAGCACUACCUGCGGCAGGUCGAGUCACACACCAGCAAUCUCCGAAUGCCGCACACCGUGACCAGCAAUUCCCAAGUGUUGGGCGCCGGCAGCACCUUCUUGCCCACGCUCUUCCCCCCGCAGCCGACCCGAGACAGCAAGUCUUUCAUUUACCUUUCCGGCCAGCAGCAGGCCCAGUUUGUGACCGUGCCGCCCCCUGCCAUACCAUCGUUCCCCAACGCCAUGGCCGUGCCGCCGGCGCCAUCCCAGCAGCAGCAGGCCAUGGGCCAGGGGGAGAAGAAACCCUAUGCAUGCACUCUCUGCUGUAAAACCUUUACCGCAAAACAGAACUACGUCAAACACAUGUUUGUGCAUACCGGAGAAAAGCCUCACCAGUGCAGCAUCUGCUGGCGCUCGUUCUCCCUGAAGGAUUACUUAAUCAAGCACAUGGUGACCCACACAGGGGUGCGGGCCUACCAGUGCAGCAUCUGCAACAAGCGCUUCACCCAGAAGAGCUCGCUCAACGUCCACAUGCGGCUGCACCGUGGCGAGAAGUCCUACGAGUGUGUCAUCUGCAAAAAGAAGUUCUCCCACAAGACCCUGCUGGAGCGCCACAUGGCCUUGCACAGCACAGGCAGCGCCAUCGCGGGGCUGACGGGCCCCGCGGGCAACCCCGGCCCCGUUUCCAUCCCCGUCUCCAUCCCCAUCCCCCUGCCCAUGGCCGUCCCCGAGCCCGGCGCCGGGGUGGUGGCCCUGGCCAUGCCCGUGAGCGGAGGAGCGGGAGAAGGGCCCGGGGUCCCGACGGGAGUGGGCGUGGCGGCCGAGGCCAGCUGCCAAGAAGGGACCACCUACAUGUGUUCCGUCUGCCCCGUCAAGUUCGACCAAAUGGAGCACUUCAACGACCACAUGCGAAUGCAUGUCUCCGACGGAUAAGUACAACCAGAUAAACUUCUCCAAAAGAAUGACAAACAAAAUGGCACUAGAUUUUCCUUUUUCUUCUUUUUGAGGUAUGGAGAGUAACGAGUACAGACACUGGCACAUUAAGUUUCCCAAAAGGAAAAAAAAAGAAAAAAAAAGAUUUUCCUUUUUGUUAUUCUAAAUAAACAAAAAGAUGGUGGCCUUAAGGCUUAGUAGUUUGAUACUGAUCUACUGGAUGGAUCCGAACUACGGGCCUCUAAAUGUAUGAUUUCCUAAAAUACUGAUUUAUGUGUUGAACACUACCGAAAGGCCUACGAAAGAAACAUACACACAAACACACCUUUAGCGUAGAUCUAUCUGAGCGAAUAUAAGUGUGCGUCGUGUGUGCAUCUGCAUGUGUCUCUGUGUGCGCGUGCGUGCGUGUGUGUGUGUGUGUGAGAGAAAGAGAGAGAGAGAAAUGCCAUUUAAAAUGGCAGUUGUGAACCCAUACUGACCAGUUUGGAAACGUUAGAUGUCCAAACUUACUGUGGUAUAAUUUACAACAACAAUAACAAAAAAAAAAAAAAUCAGCUGGGUGGGGCUACACAUUCCCUCUAAAAUACUAACAGUCACAAGAUUGCCUUCUAAAGUCAAUUUAAAAAAAAACAACAACAACACACAAGCAAGAAAGUAGUAAACUUGACACUGGGUUUUAUUUAUUCCUAUGGUAUUGAGAUAUUUUGAUGCCGCUGUUGUUAAGGUACAAAUUUCAAUCACUUCCCAUCAAAGAUUUGCGGGAAUAAUAUUUCGUAUGUUUUGUAACUGUCCAUGCAUUUUUAAUGGUUUCGUUGACUUAAUUAGACUGUGUUUAUGAGACGGAGCGGAAAAAAAAUAACAAAACACAAACAAAAAACGUUUUUCAAGACUCAUUUGCAUACACUGCCACUAAUCUCCUAAAAGACUGUUAGUCAAGGCUGCGCCAAUCAUAAAAUGAGUGUGAUUUUUUUAAAAAAUAUUUUUCUUUUUUAAUACUAUUUUCUUUCUCUGCCUUUUUCCAUUUACAGUUAGAGCAGCUCGGAAUAAGAGACUAGGCUCUCUCUACUCCGUAUUUGCUGCACCUCCACUUCCAUCCGACUCCUAUGGGCUGGAGGUUUUCAAACGAGAUUUGUCUCUCAAACUACCGGUAUUGUUGUUAUUGAUUAUCCUACGUGGUUAUUCAUUUUCCUUUCACUCUAUUAUGCAUCUGGGGGGGAGGGGAGGGGGGGGCUUGAGGUUGGCUGUGGAUUUGAACAGUGUUAAGGAGAGAGACAUUCAAUUACAAUCCCAAUUUGUUGUUGAAAUAAUCACCAUCUGAUUGGAGGAUACAACCUGGUCAUGACUUUUUGCAAAGCCGUCUUAGUGAUGGGAGCUUCAUAACACACUCUCAAUGUGUCACUGCCAAAUAGCCGGCGACGUUUUCAAAGGAAAAUUUGGAGAAGUACAUCUCCAACAUAAUUGCAAAUAUAUAUAUAUA